UUUCUCGCUAUCGCAAUAUUUAUUUAGGCCAUAUCGAAAACAAAUACCGACAUUCACCAUUGGCUGAACUAUGUUAUAACUCGAGGAAAAACGUGGUAUGGGUCAGUGCAUGAACCGAAGAUUUUACGGUUGCUGGCGAUCGUUGCUCGUCGAAGACGAUGAAGCCUCAUUCAGACGAAUACGUACGAACUGUGAUUGCAUCGAUAUAAGUUUCUUUGAUUAAUUUUAUGAUGAUCGGACGCGAACGCCGUUUCGUGUGUGUACUUUCGUGCCAUUGAAUUCGCACGUGACAACUUCUCCUUGGCCAGCGUAACGUAAAUAAUGAGCGUAGUUAAUAAUACAAACUAAUCGCCGAGUGGAAAAAUCGCAAGACGAAAGAUGAAGAUCAGUGUUUUACGAUGCCUGAUCAGUGCUUUUUUAUGCCUGUGCACGCGUCCAUGAGGAAAUGUGAAUUGGAAGCUCAAGAUAAGGAUGAAUUCAAAUGAAUCUGAUUAAAUAAACAGAGAUAUAUAUAUAUAUACGUAUGUGCCGUUUACGUAAAACGUUAAGACGAUUAAUGUCUCUUUUAUAUGUAGAACAUAUCUGGAUUACGUUCAUUUACAUAGUGCGAAAUAAAUAGGCGACGAUAAGAUUAGAAUUGCAAAUAUAAUCUGUUUCUCGAUAAAUCAACUGGCUGUAUAAGUUACGGAUAAUAACCAGUGAAAAACUUCGGUUUCUCUAUACUAAUGUCAAACAUUAUAUAAAAUAGAAGACAUGCUGAGAAUUAGAGAUACACUUAUGUUGCUGCUUCCUUGAUCGUGAUAAGAAAUUCUUCGUCGUUCGUACAUCAGCUUAGUUAUUGAUCAAAGAAUGCUUUUAUGCAACGUUGUAUAAUUUAAAAAGAAAAUAACGUUAACAAGUAAAGAUUAAUGAAAGGACAAGUCGAAAUAUGCAACACUAUGUUACGCAAAAUGCCGUAAAAAACGUUAGAAUUUCUAAAUUGAAACAUAAACUCGACCGAUUAUAAUAAGAAACGUUUCGUCGAACACAGCUACGCGUAUUCCACUCGCGACACCAACUCGCAACAUCCACGCCACUGCUCUCCACUAAUUCGCUGCACGUUCGAUCCCUGUCGAUUUACCAACCGAGUCAUCGAAUACUCCGUACAAAAACCCAACUAUCUAACCAUACGCGUGCACAAAUCUCACAUCGCCGGUGUCUCUGCUCUCGCGACUGAAUCUAGUCAUCGGUCUGCAUAAAUGAAUCACGGGAACGAGCGAGAUACCAACGAACAUGCGACGUUAAUCGACGCGCGGUCGCUCUAAACGCUGGCGAACGCGACGACACGAAACGAGAACCGUUGGGUUAUUAAAUUAGCGUCCCCAUGGCGACCAGUGGUCAAGAAAAUCGGUGUUUCAUAGAGACAGUCGAACUGAAACGGCGCUUCGUACGGCUGUCAAAGCAACGCGUUUUAGAUUACGAGAUCAGAGUCGUGAUCGAGGCACGCGGCUGCGAUGGCUCUAACUCGCGUAUAAUUCUCGCGCGGCUGGUACAGUUCGAAGUCUCGAGCAACGUGGUUCAAUUCGACACGAUUCAUGCGAAACUUGGCCAUAGAACGCUCGACUUAUCGAUGGUUUGACGUUCCCGGUUGUACGUCGAGUGUUCGAGUCGCCGAUACAGAAGCCGAGCAAGUAUUUAAUGUAACGUAUCUUCGCUGUAUCGUAAAGUAUCGGAAAAUCGGCGAAGAGAAAUCCCAUCAAACAUAGCUCGUCUAACGAUGUUUUGUCUAAAAGGAAGAAACAGUGGCGAUACGAAGCUUAGAGAGAUGUUGAGACAGGAUGAUUUUGGAUGGUGGUUGAGCAACGAGGACGAUCUAAAAUCGCCUAGAUCAACUCGUAGCAAAGAUCGUCGAUCGGUGGGAUCGUCGGAAUCGAUGUUUUCCUGCAUAGAUUCUGACGACAGCGAAAGUUAUGUCCUUGCGCAGGAAUUCAAACAAGAAUGCAACGGUAAUUACGAGAAAAUAGAACUUACGUCGUUAAUUAACGAAGAUUGGGACGUGAAUCUUAUCGAGCUAGAUGCGAUUAAGAAAAAAGCGGACAUCGCGCCAUUUCUAGCGGAAGACGAGACACGAUAUUCGGACGAUUCGAACCCGAAGUCGCAGGACUCGCACGGCACGUGCUACACACCGGAAAGGCUGGUCAGAUCUCAGAAGUACCGAAUACUAGCGCCGUCGCCCCGCUACUUGUCGAUCUCUCAAAUGAGAGACGUGACAAAUAAUCCAUGGAAGACGUCUCACUACCGCCACCAGUUGGACUGUCUUAUCGACUCCAACCAAGAUGGUGGAAUGCAAAUGAAAACUUUCACGAAUCCCAAUCCGAAGGAAAUAGUGGUACCGAUAAUUGACUUGCAUCGUUGGAAAAAAUAUGAACGAAUCUAUAACGGGGACAACGGGACGAUAAACGAUAAAAACGAAACGAAAACGGAAGACAUGUCCGAUUAUUCAAGCAGUCUGAACGUGUCCGAUUAUUCGUUCAGCAAGAGAUCCAGUUGCGAGAGAUUGAAUGACACAUGGGAGAACAGUGGCAAGAUGGAGACACGCGACUCUUUUAGCGGUUGCUCUGAAACGACUCCGUUCGAAGACACUUCCGGUAUCCAGAGCAACGAUUCGAGCUCCAAUACCCACACCUCGAAUAUGCAAAGCACUCCUCCUCUCUGUCUCAGUGACGAGUUGGCAACGACGAAUUACAAACUCGAUAACACACAGGGACAACGUUCUACUACCAAUGAGGUGGUAUCGAUUCUUGAAGUACUCGACACAAAUCCCGAGAAAGCUAUGGUUCUUCUUGAGGAAGAUAGUUUUCACGACAGCACGUCCUCACACGAUCAAUUGACCAGGCUGGCCUUGACCAUUGAAACGGAUGAGAAUAUGCCGGGAGUUCUCGAGAAAGAACAUUUAAUUCAUCUUCAAAACAAAAUAAGGAAACUUCAAGCUAGCAACAAAGACAUUUGUCGAGACAUAUCUAAUCUUCGAAAGAACUUUCAAUGUGACGAACAGAAAAUGGCAGACAUCUCGUCCGAUACCAGCAAACUACGACAGGACGUACAUGAUCUGCGAUAUCUCGACGAUCUUCUGAAUCUCUUACGGGGAGAAUUGGAAAGGAUCUCGAAAAGAAAUUGGCCAUUUGUUAUAGGACGUAUAGGACAUCAUACGGAGGAAAUGAAUCUCAUCGUGUGAACGAUACAAAUUACUUCCAUUAUAUCGUUGAUUUAACGGAAGAUUUUACAAGAACUUUUGUAAAAUUGCGAGAUAAUAGCUCGAUACUUAGAGACACGGCUGAAUAUUUUUAGAAGACACAAGCACGCUAAGAGCGUUUCACUGCCAUUGUUACUGUUAUUCACAACGACGUGAACUUACAACAUAGAUUUAUAUAAUAAAUUCGUAGUCUCUCUCUC